CCCGGCACCAACGCAAAUGCAACCGCCAAAAAGUCGAAUUGUUUGAUGGUUACAUGAAGACUGAAUAAUUCUGAACCUCAUCGGAUUGCUCGUUCAGUUUGGCCCUCGUCGUCAUCAAAACAGAGGCAGGGGUGGACACCAUUAUCCCCCCGGUAUCUUACGCGACUCUGUCAGUACUGAUUUGGGACCGAGAGAGAGAGCGGUAAUGGCAAGUGAAGUUUCCCACAGCAUCGUACAAACGCCCGCGGAAUUCCGCCAGCUCCACGUCAAAAUCCCAGCCAUAACCUUCCGCGACCCUCCCCCGGAAGACGGGACUGCUCCCAACCCCAGCCCCAGCGAGGCCUGGCUGGACGCCCACGGAAAGGGGUUCCUCCUCAUGCACAAACUGCACACCAUCCAACCCCCCGGCAGCUGGAUCCUGCUGCAGAGCGUUGACGACGGCAAGCUGAUCGUCAACAAGCGCCUCAAGCGAUUCGCGCCGGUCUGGAAGGACAACGACUACACCAAGCAGUCGCCGGAGAGAUGGGAAGUGGCCUGGCACGAGCCAGUGCCGAACGAGCUGCGCUUCUCGCGGUUGGAUGAUAGUCGGGUAGCCGUGCGCCUGCCGAACGAGCCCUACUCCCCGGAGCUGUACGCGUACGGGUUUCCAUAUGGGUACAAAGAAGGGGAGACGCCCGAUGUCUGGUCGUUGUGCUUCAAGCGGUACAACGGCGGGAGUUUGAGUAACCUCAUGGAGAUGUAUGCCGACCCGCAGAUUGGGGGUCCUGUUCCGGAGCCGUUCAUCUGGCAUGUCAUGGAGCAGCUGUCGAGGGCGGUGAUUUACCUGCAUACGGGGCUCAGUCGGAGCGAGCUUGCAAAGAAGAGGAGGAGGAAGAAGAAGAAGGAGGAGGAUUGGAUGUCCAAGGUGAAAGAGCGAAAGUGGAAGCCGCUUGUGCAUCGGGACAUCGGCGAGAAGAACAUACUGCUGCAUUUUUCCGAGAAGGGCAACGUACGGAACCGCUGUUUCCCGCGGAUUGUGCUGGAGGGGUUCAAGCGGGCGAAUUUGGUUGAUGAUGAGCCGUCGUGGUGGCACUACCCGCCGGCAUACAAAGGAUGCCAAAGGGUUGACGAGUUCAAUGUUAGUCCGGAGCCGUGGGAGGACAUUUAUCUGAUGGGUGAGCUUUUCCGCCGGCUCGUGGCGGUCUACGGGUGUGGGAGGACGAAGACGGGCUACCGGCUGAACUUUGACGUGGAUCGAGAGUGUCAAAUGUCGGAUUAUCUGUCGGCGAACCUUCACCUAGCCGACGGUGAAAAGCCAGCAUACUCGGACGAGUUGAUCAACCUGCUGGGGAGGUGGGAGAUCCCAGAGCUUCGGGACGAUCGCGCCAGGCAGAGACAUUUUGCCGAUAACGGGAUCUGGCAACAGAUACCCGGCAUUGGGUUCUUCAUCAAGGAAGUGCUUCCCACGGCUGCAAAGAGGGUCAAGAAAUACCGCGCCAUGGCCAUCGGCCGGCUCACUGCCGAGGACAAAGACGGGCUGAUGGCAGACGUCUCGUGCGUCAUGCCGGACCCGACCUUCGAGGCGAUCCCGUACAGCACCAACAAAGGGAGCCAGAGGCAUGCGCUGUCGGUCCUGAAGCGCGAGCUGAUGUACCUGUACGGUCCCUGGAUUCAUUCUUGGUAUAGGUACAAGGGCGUCGUGGUCACAAAGAUCCCACCACAAGCGGAGCGGUUCUAUGCGCCAAGUGAGCAUAUGAGGCCGCCCCGUCGUGAUGAUACUGGGCAGAUGCAGCUUCGCGGCGGUGGCUCGGACUCGGACGCGGAUUCGCUAUUUGGCGAUGACAACGAAGACAUGAACCUGACGUGGGAGGACGAGAAGACUUUCAACGACAGCGUACUAGUGGACCAGUGGAACGGCCGAGAAGAGCAGAGAGCAGGAGACGAAGAGGAAGCAAGGGUUGAGGAGGCGGAAGCAGGAGACGGGGGGGAAGCAGAGGAGGAGGAAGGAGGAGGGCAAGAGGAACGUACGCACGAGGAACGGGAUCAAGAAGAAAGCGAUCACGAAAGUGAGGAGGCGGAAGGUCAAGACAGUGGAACCGACGAGGAGCCCAGUCCCGGGUACAUCGCCAGCAUCAGGCGAUAUCAAUCCGAGAAAAAGGCAAAACAACAGCCGGUUCGUGUAUGGCAUCCUUCUCGGGAAAUCAGGGACCCAAAGCCUCGAGGGAGGGUCUCGAAUACAGCCGAAGAGGCCGCAGAGGAGUACAGCGGGCUAGUCGGCGAUAUAAAACAAAGAAUGGAACAUGUGUUCCGGGACGUGGACUACGACGACUGCGGGUGUAGCAACUGCGUCCGCGAGCUAAACAAGUUCAUCGUGUCCGAGGUAAAGCAAUGCAACACCGUGCUCAGGCGGCUACACGACAAGGCCAUUGAGACGAUCAAGGCAAUACCCAAGUUCAAGAAGACCCUGAGACUUCCGGAGUUCGAACCGCUCGUUGAAGAAGACCUGAUUGAACAGCCAGCGAACCCAUUCGAAACCAAAGCUGGAGUCGAGCACUGGGUACAUAACCCCUUUGAUCCCAACUACGAGGAGGACUGGGAGUCCGACCGAUACUACCCGUGGCAGAAGUGGGAUUACGGAACAGCACCAGCACAGUCAGAGGUAACGGCACCCGAGCCGGCCGAGAAAACGAAGAAGACUACUAGUAGGAAGCGGCCGGCCAGCUCAAGCCUACCGGUGGAGGAACCAAGGCCGAAGAGGACCGCGCGGACGGGUCCUUCCCAGGCCACUGCCCCGCGCACGGCUCCGGAAGGCCCGGCCCCUCCUAAACCGCCAGUGGAGGCAUCCAAGCAGCCCCCGGCCGCGGCGCCACGAGUCAAGCUGAAGGCGUCAGACCUGAGCUUCUCUAGCCAAACAGGAAAGCAAACCACCGCUCAAGCAACCCCGGCCAAAGCGCCAAGCGGCAGCAUUCCGGCCCCGCCAAAGCCCCUUGGACACCUCGCAGUUGCGACGUCAAGGCUGACCAGGCUGACCCAACCAAAGCAAGCUACUACCGCAACCAAAGGGGCACCAGCCAAAGCGCCGACCGGAAACAUGCCAGCCGCAUUCAAGCCCCGCAGAGACGGCGCAGUCAAAGCCUCGAUGCUGAACUUUCCGGCUCAACCACAGGCGCCUACCUCAACUCAAGCAGCACCAGCCACGGCUCCAACCCGCAACCGCCCUAUCAGCGACCGCGUAGUCAUAACACGAGGCGACAUCACCAAGGUGCAGGACGACGCAAUCGUCAACGCAGCCAAGCGGAGCCUCCUCGGCGGUAGCGGCGUCGACGGCGCCAUCCACCGCGCCGCCGGCCCCGGCUUGCUCGCCGAGUGCCGCACGCUGGGCGGCUGCGAGACCGGCUCGGCCAGGAUCACCAACGCGUACAACCUGCCGUGCAAGAAGGUCAUCCACGCCGUGGGGCCACAGUGGGGCCGGCCGAAGAGCACCGAGGAGCAGAGCAAGCGGCUGCUGGCGAGCUGCUAUUCCCGGGCGCUGGAGCUGGCGGUCGAGCACGGAUGCCGUACGAUUGCGUUCCCGUGCAUCAGCACGGGUGUGUACGGGUUUCCGCACCUGAAGGCGGCGCACGUCGCGCUGGAGGCCAUAGGACGGUUCUUGAGGGGGCCGAGCGGAGGGGAGAUUGAUCUGGUUAGGAUUGUGGUCUUCCAAGAUAUUGAUGAGACGGCUUAUAAGAUGUUGCUCCCGAAUUUCUUCCCUCCCGGACAAGAUCAGAGUGAACCGGGGGCGAGAGUGGCGAGCGUGAGCUGACGGUACGAGGAGUUCUGAGGAAUAUAGAACCGAGAGGGCUUUUUCUACGGUAGGAGGCAAGCUAGUAUCUAAACUAUCAGCUACAUGCGGAAAGGAUUCCCGUAUGGUUACAGAGGAGGGGUGGUCAUUUCACAGCUGGCAGGUUAGAUUGCAACAUCACCACCAGUGAAUACUGUUGAACAAUUUCAUG